UUCAGUUCGUCGCAAUGAUUAAUAUAAUCGUAUUUUGUGUAUUUUUCACUAAUGCGUAUGGCUAUUUCACUAUUCCAGGAAAAUGUCCAGAAAAUAUAGCGUUACAAGAGGACUUUAGAAUAGCAGAUUUUUACGGAAAAUGGUACCAGGCAUACCAUUUCUCCAGCGAUGGCCAGAAUCUCAACAACUGUUCUACCUUAGAACUUAUGACUAGACCAUCAGGGAUCUAUCUCAACCAGUCGAGAGUUGACAGAGGUCUUUUCCAUCGGUACAGCAUAGGAAAAGUAGAAAUACCAACAAGAGUGGAAGACGCAGCGAACUUGGAAUUGACGUUCGCUUUUAAGAAUGCCCCUCGGCGUUUGAAGACCAGAAAGUAUCCUUUCAAGGUGCUGGCUACUAACUACAACUACUAUGCUACAAUAUAUACAUGUCAAUACAGCCCACUUAUUGAUAAACACUUCAUGUACAUUUGGAUACUAUCAAGAAACCCAGUACUAAACAUGGUUUCAAAGGAAUUAUCGAUGAAGCCAUUACAACAAUUUGGUGUCAAUGACAUUCAUGAUAAAAUGGUCAAAGAGGACAGGAGCAAAUGUGCUCCGAAAUACUAUGACGACGUACCCUUGGAACCCGUGACCUUCAGAUUUCCAGUGCCGAUAUAAUUUUGCUUCCACCUUCACGAUCAGGGUAAACUUGGAUGGAUAGUUCAUGAAAAUUAAUGUUAAUUUUAAAUAGAGCCGAAUGUAAAAAGAAAUAGUGUAUAAGGGGAUUGAGGUCAUAUUGCGAA